AUGGCUGCGAAAGUUCCGCCACAGGGUUCCGAUCCUGAAGACUAUUACGUAAAACAGAAUAGGAUCGGAAAGGGAUCGUUCGGAGAGGUAUACAAAGGAUUUUCCAAGCUAACAAGAGAGCCUGUCGCAAUCAAGAUUAUCGAUUUGGAAAAUGCAGAAGAUGAAAUUGAUGAUAUUCAACAAGAGAUUGCAAUUCUCAGUCAAUUGGACAGCGAAUUUGUCACGAAAUAUCAUGGAAGUUGGCUCAAAGGCACGAAUCUGUGGAUCGUGAUGGAAUAUUGCUCGGGAGGAAGUUGUUCAGAUUUGAUGAAGCCAGGAAAGUUUAGAGAAGAUUAUAUCGCAAUCGUUGUUAGGGAGCUAUUGAAAGGAUUGGAUUAUUUGCACGGAGAAGGAAAGUUACACAGAGAUAUCAAAGCAGCCAACGUUUUGCUCUCUUCUUCGGGAGAUGUGAAAUUAGCCGAUUUUGGUGUUAGUGGACAGUUGACGGCAACGAUGACAAAGAAGAACACAUUUGUCGGUACUCCAUACUGGAUGAGUCCUGAAGUGAUCAAGCAAAGCGGCUACGAUUUCAAAGCUGAUAUCUGGAGUUUGGGUAUCACAGCCAUAGAAAUGGCAAUGGGAGAGCCACCUUAUGCAGAUCUUCAUCCAAUGAAGGUCUUGUUCCUGAUCCCAAAGAACCCUCCUCCGCAAUUGGAUGCAUCCUUCUCUAAAACCUUCCGAGAUUUCGUUUCAUUCUGUUUACAACGUGAUCCAGCCGCAAGACCGACAGCAAAAGAGCUUUUGAAACAUCGAUUUAUCAAAAAUGCCAAAAAGACGAGCUAUUUGACCGAACUGAUCGAAAGACUAGAAAGGUGGAAAGCAGAAGGUGGCGAUCAACACGAUCAACAUGAUGGAGACAAAGGAGGUGCACAACAAGAAUAUGAAGAAGAUGAUUGGGAUUUCGGCACAGUACGUAAUCCGACGAUGCGAUCACAAAGGCCUGCGCCUCCGCCACCUGUUCCUGCUAAUGCACAAGCAAUGAUGGAAAAUGCUUAUGCGGUAAGGAAUCCUUAUGAUGCUCAUUCGCCCGUCAAACCUCAACAAGCAUCCAAUAUACCCCCCAACAAUGGUAACGGUAGAGCUUUGCGCGAUCUUCCAAAUACACCUUCUAGACCGAUUGAGCCGGUAGGAUAUGACGGACGUGCUGCUGGAAGUCCAGCUUCCAGAGUGCCAGCACCAAGUCCAGCCAAGACAGGUGGUACUGUACGUUUGGCUGGUGCCAAACAACAAAGAGGAGAUUUACCCAGACCACCUUCUGGUCAAUCACAACAAUACCAAGCUCAACGUCAAUCGCAACAGGUCAAUCAACAAGCACCACAACAACAAACACCAACACAAGCUCAUCAACGUUAUCAAAGCGAUAAUGUCACAACCGGUACCAGUCAUAUUGAAUAUGGCUCACCGGUAGGCAAAGGACACUCCAGAGCCGGUACGGAGAUUGCCACAAAUUAUGAUGAUCCUCGUUAUGGCAAUGGAGCAGGUCGAUCAAAUGCUCCACAAGGUCAGAGUCAAGGUAUUCUAGCCAAUUACGAAGCUGCAGCGCGUGCUGGCGGUCGCUUCAGCGAUGAUGAAGACGAUGUUUUGGAACAAGAGCGUUACAGGUUGGAAAAUGUACGGUUGGGUAAUGGACAAGCAUCAGUUGGUAAAAGAGCAGGAGCAGGAGCAGCGGCAGGAACGAAUGCAAAAGCUCCACAAUCAAAUUCCGUUCAAUUAUCAGCAAUGGAUGCAGUUUUAUUACCGGUUUUAGAACAAUUAUCUCUGGCCGUUGCACAAAGACCGGAUGCACAACGUACGAUUGAAGAAGUACGAAAUGCACUUAUUCAAGCUGAACGUAUUACGCCUGGUUUGACGAAUGCAUUUGCUGUUGAAGUGUAUCAUGGAAUGUUGGAAGCACAACAAGAUGUUGAAGGAUUGGAAUAUGAUGAAGGAGAAGAUGUUGUUGAAGCAGAACAAGAAGAGGAAGAAGAAGAUCGAACUGCUAUGGAACCUAAUCAUACUGCUGCUGCUGCAAGAGCUGGUCAGGGCAAUGUACCAUAUUAUCAACAGCAACCAUCAGAUAUGUACGCAGCACACGGUUGGGGAACACGGGCUUGA